UUUUACUGAAACACGUGGUUCUGUUUACAUUUUGAUUUUUAUGUUUUGGAAGUCUUGUCAAUUUUAGAUUCCGGUGUUAAACGAUAUGUUUUUGCUAUUAUGGCUAGCAGCAAGGUUGAUAAAGUACUGAAAUUGGUAGUUGUCGGUUGCGGAAUUGGCGCUUUAAGUGGAGCUUUUUAUUACACAGAGAAAGUUCAAGGACAAUUUCGUAGAGAAGAAUUUUAUACUAAACCGAUGAAAUUAUUACGGAAUUACGAACCUGCUAAAGAACAUCUAGGUGAACCAAUCCGAUCCACACAUAUAGAUCUUGGUAAUACAACAGAAAAUAAUAUAGAUGGUUUAAAUGCCAAGUUAACAAUACCAAUAAAGGGAUCUAAAGAUAAAGGUAAAAUGUAUGUUACAGCUAGCAGAAAUGAAGCAGGUGAAAGUUGGAUAAUAAAUCAACUUGAUUUAGAAAUCAAACGUACCAGAAGAAAAUGGACAUUUUAUAAAACACCUGAGACGACAGAUUCUUGAUAGAUAUUUACCUAUUAGAGACAGUAGACUAAGAUUUAUAAAAUAUUGUGCUGUGCUGGCAUAAAGGAAAUGAUAUAAAACUAGUGCUAUCUCUAAUUUACAUUCAGCCAUUAACUAUAGCAAAGUUUCUUAACCUGUUAUGGUCCUCAUGCUAAAUAUUAUUAUCGGUAUAUCUUCAGAUGUGCCAUUUAGUUUUAAAAGAUUGAAUUUAGACAUUAACUAUAGCAAAGGCUCCUAACCUGUUACGUUCCUUGUGCUAAAUAUUAUCGGUAUAUCUUCAGAUGUGCCAUAAACUCUGUUUACGUUAAAAUUUUAAGUGUGCCAUGCACAGUACCAGGUAUGGUACGGUUCGUUUUUUUUUAUAGUGUAAAUGGGUCAAACAUAAGCAUGCUGUGCCUGGUACGGUGCCAAUGUGGCCCACUGAAGUGAGGUGGUCUCGGAAGGUAGUGUAAAUGCUAACUGGUCUGAGAACGGUUUCAGUACGGAUUACUGUGCAUGCGCCAAAUGAACCUUCACUUUUUAUCCCGCGAACCUUGACAGCUCUUUCAUCAGUUCUGUCAAAGUGGCUGUCCAAACUAAAUCAAUCGCCAUAACUGUUUUCAUUCUGGUAAUUUUCAUAGGGACUGAAAUUAACUUUUAUGUGAAGAGUUCCACAUUUCGCGUGCCUGGCACCGUUCUGAGACCGGUUAUCUUAAACUAAUGUAAACAGGUCAAUUUCUUGUAAUUUAUUGGGACAUGGUACCAUGCCGAGAAUAGCAAGCUUAUCAAGGCCAAGUGUAAACAGGGCUAUAUAGUUUCAAAAGAUUAAAUUGAGGAGGAAAUGUCAACAAAGAUAGAAAUAUUAUUUGUCAUAAUCUGUUUUGAUUUUGUCCAGGUUAUCAGAGAGUGUAAACUAAGGCUUGUAAAAUAUUGUGCCAUGCUGGAAAAUAGAAAUAAGAUAUUGCUAUAACUAUUCACUGAAGGACAGUAUAUGUGAAGGGCACGAGUAGUCAUAUGAGGUCGUCCGCCUGCCUCUAAAGUAGAAUACAGUGGGUUAAAGCCUUGUUUAAGAAUUAUCAUAACCCCGCCUUCCAGGUCGUCUACAUGGCAGUUAGUAAGAUAAUGCCAAAUAGCGAGGGGCUGUGUCAUUUGUCAGUAGUGUAUCCCUCACAAGUAAUAAAAAAAAAAAUGUUUGUGUUUAGCCUAUAGUACUCCUCAUAGUGAUAGCACUGUGGCUGUAAUACUUACAUCUAUAGGCAAAACGGUAAUUCAGAGGGAAGUAUACUAUUACACAUUUCUGUUAUGUGCAACUGCCACAUAAAUGUGCUGAUGUGAGCUUUAUAAACAUAUAUUAUAGAACAGAGAGAGAGAGAAAUGGGGUUUAACGUCCACUCGACACAAACUAGGUCAUUUCGGGACUAACAUACGGUUUAAUUUUAGUUACAUAAUUCGUUUGCGCGUAGGGGUCUUUAGCAGUGGGAGGAAAUCGGAGGACCCGCAGAAAACCCACAAGGUUGGACAGAUUAUAGAACAGAUUAUUAUAUUUACUUAAUAUGUAUAUAUAUAUAUAUAUAAGAGAGAGAGAGAGAGUUUAACUUCCACUCGACACAAAAUAGAUCAUUUCGGGAUUAACAUAUGGUUCAAUUUUAUUUCAAUAAUUCGUUUGCGCACAUAGGGGGAUUUAGCUGUGGGAGGAAACCUGAGGACCUGGAGAAAACUCAUGAGGUUGGACGGGUGACCCUACUCCUUGUCACGUACAAGCGGGGAAUUGAAAACCAUGCCCGUUGACUCAAUGACAGACCUUAUGAUACAACGCGCACACGCAAACCAUUCGGCCACCCAACCCUCCUAUUUACAUAAUAAAAUAAGAUAACAAAAGAGCACACCUGAUAAAAUAAAUAAAUAAAAAUUUAGAUAUAUUGACAUGUAGGUAAUUAGAAAUUAAAAUAGCUCUGGAUAAUCUAUCUACUGUUGUAGUAAAAUAGCUCUGGAUAAUCUAUCUACUGUUGUAGUAAAAUAGCUCUGGAUAAUCUACCUACUGUUGUAGUAAAAUAGCUCUGGAUAAUCUACCUACUGUUGUAGUAAAAUAUCUCUGGAUAAUCUAUCUACUGUUGUAGUAAAAUAGCUCUGGAUAAUCUACCUACUGUUGUAGUAAAAUAGCUCUGGAUAAUCUACCUACUGUUGUAGUAAAAUAGCUCUGGAUAAUCUACCUACUGUUGUAGUAAAAUAGCUCUGGAUAAUCUACCUACUGUUGUAGUAAAAUAGCUCUGGAUAAUCUAUCUACUGUUGUAGUAAAAUAGCUCUGGAUAAUCUACCUACUGUUGUAGUAAAAUAGCUCUGGAUAAUCUACCUACUGUUGUAGUAAAAUAGCUCUGGAUAAUCUACCUACUGUUGUAGUAAAAUAGCUCUGGAUAAUCUACCUACUGUUGUAGUAAAAUAGCUCUGGAUAAUCUACCUACUGUUGUAGUAAAAUAGCUCUGGAUAAUCUACCUACUGUUGUAGUAAAAUAGCUCUGGAUAAUCUACCUACUGUUGUAGUAAAAGGUUGACUGUGUAAAAAAUGUCAUUGAGUCAACUGGUGUGGUUUCAAUUCCCCUCUUGUACAUAACAAGGAGUAGGGACGGGCCUGUCCAACAUCAUGGGGUUUCUCCAGGUCCACCUAUUUCCUCCUACUGCUAAAGACCCUGACACACCAGCAGGAUCAACAUUCAACAACCCUGUGUUUCCGUCGUUGUAAAAAUCAGACCUAAAUUAGAGCACUGUUAAAGAUAUAUAUACAUUGUUUUGUUGUCAUUUUAUAAAGAUAUAAAAAUAGUGUUGAUUGUUAAUAAAAUUGUAGAACUUGUA